CACACACACACACACACACACACACACACACACAGAGACACACACACACACACACACACACUCACACACCCCAAAGCCCUCCCACAUACAGUUCGUCCCCUCCCUCCCUUCCUCCCCCUAACCCAGGCACCAGACAGACACACCCUGCCAACCACAUCUGCUUCCACUUCAUCUGACUGACACCUCAGCCUCAGCCUUAACCAACCCUCCUGUUGAUACUCACCUGUUCCAGGUGAACUCUCUCUCUCUCUACUAUACCUGAAGAUUCGGGUUCUACAGCUGGAUGUCCUCUCCAGCGCCCUCCUGAAGACAUGUCCAGCUUCAUUACAGAGACCAGUGUAGCCUCUCUUGAGUCUCUCCAGUACCACAGGCCUAAAUCCAGUUCAGACUCCCUCCAGAACCAUGGGGAUGAGGCCAGUCCAGACUCCCUCCAGAACCAUGGGGAUGAGGCCAGUCCAGACUCCCUCCAGAACCAUGGGGAUGAGGCCAGUCCAGACUCCCUCCAGAACCAUGGGGAUGAGGCCAGUCCAGACUCCCUCCAGAACCAUGGGGAUGAGGCCAGUCCAGACUCCCUCCAGAACCAUGGGGAUGAGGCCAGUCCAGACUCCCUCCAGAACCAUGGGGAUGAGGCCAGUCCAGACUCCCUCCAGAACCAUGGGGAUGAGGCCAGUCUCGCCUCUCCAGACUCCCUGCACCAGCCAUACCACUCAGCUGUCUCUGGGUUUGCCAGCAUGCCUUCCUGCAUCUCCGGCACCAGCCGAAGUCGGCUUGAACCCUCGUACAGACAGAGCCCAGGUGGACUCGCGUCAUCCUCCCACGUCAACAGUAGUGUCCAGUGGUUGGAGCAGGGGGCUUCUGGGGGCCAGCCUCUCAACUCCUCCUCCUGCUCCUUCACCACCACCAAGUCCCCUCUACACCCCCACACCUCCUCCUCCUUCUCCUCUCUGACCAUCCCCAGGACCGGGCACCACUCCCCUGGGCACGACUGUCAGGACAGUCCCAGGCUCCAGGAGAGGCUGAGUCCCAGUGAUGACGGAUCAACCCCCUGGGGGUCAGGACAGGACUACAGCUCAGCCUCUCUCUACUCCUCCCCCUGGGGCUGUCAUCUACCCUUCCUCCUACUGCUAUUCCCCAAACUACUCAACUACAAGAUCAACCUCUCUCCUCCAGAGGCCCGUGAGUGUUUGAACUGUGGUGCGACCGCCACCCCUCUGUGGCAUCGUGACGGGACAGGACACUACCUCUGUAACGCCUGUGGCCUCUACCACAAGACGAACAGCCAGAACAGACCCUCAUCAGACCCAAAAGAGACCGUUAAACACAUCUCUGUUGCUCCCCCCAUGCAGAUCGUCAGUAAGCGUGCAUGGACAAACUGCGCCAACUGCCACACCAGUACCACCACUCUGUGGAGACGCAGCGCCAGCGGAGAGCCAGUCUGUAACGCCUGUGGACUCUACUACAAACUACACAACGUCAACAGACCUCUGACCAUGAAGAAGGAAGGCAUCCAGACACGGAACCGUAAGGUCUCCAUUAAGAACAACAGGGUUAAGCAGAAGACAGGUGUGUUAGAGGCUGAGCUGGGUCUCUACUCUGACUCCUCUCUGUCCAGACUCCAGCCCUCUGACCCCUCUCUGUCCAGACUCCAGUCCUCUGACCUCUCCCUGUCCAGACUCCAGCCCUCUGACCCCCUGUCCAGACUCCAGCCCUCUGACCCCCUGUCCAGACUCCAGUCCUCUGACUCCUCUCUGUCCAGACUCCAGUCCUCUGACCUCUCCCUGUCCAUACUCCAGUCCUCUGACCUCUCCCUGUCCAUACUCCAGUCCUCUGACCUCUCCCUGUCCAUACUCCAGUCCUCUGACCCCUCCCUGUCCAGACUCCAGUCCUCUGACCCCUCCCUGUCCAGACUCCAGUCCUCUGACCUCUCCCUGUCCAGACUCCAGUCCUCUGACCCCUCCCUGUCCAGACUCCAGUCCUCUGACCCCUCUCUGUCCAGACUCCAGUCCUCUGACCUCUCCCUGUCCAGACUCCAGUCCUCUGACCUCUCCCUGUCCAGACUCCAGCCCUCUGACGACCUUAUGAACCCUUACCUCCUGGGUCAAACUGGGGCGAAGCUCUCCUACAUCCACAACCACCCCUCCUCACACCUACUGCCCUCUCUCUCCUCCAGCCACCCCUCACACCUACUGCCCUCUCCCUCCUCCAGCCACCCCUCACACCUACUGCCCUAUCUCUCCUCCAGCCACCCCUCACACCUACUGCCCUAUCUCUCCUCCAGCCACCCCUCACACCAAACUACACAACGUAAGAACUACUCCCACCCGUCCUCAGUCAUGCCCUACCACACACUGAUACCACAGCCUCUCCCUCCUCCAUACACCACCCUACCACACACUGAUACCACCCCCCUCUCCCCUCUCCCUCCUCCAUACACCACCCUACCACACCUUACUUUACAUGCUGAGGAAAAGUCAUCAGACAUGUGCUAUUCUGAGCCACAAGUGUUUUUAUAUUUUUGUCAGGUGAUAACUAAUGAAGAAUGAUAGAUGUGUUAUAUUACUAAAAUGUGAUUUUGUAAAAGUUAUUUUUGUGACUUAAUAACAUUACUUUUUGUAAUCCUCUCCUUUCUAAUUAUCAUCUUAACUUCGGUUAUCUGAAUAAAUAAAUAAAUAAAUAAAUGCUGUU